AUGUUUCGCAUACCCUCUAGAACUCUAAGGACUUCCGGUCUAUCGCUCAAGCGAACACCGGUCGGCGUGCGCUUCUCCUCAACUCAGACAUCAACGUCCAGUAACGCUCGUUAUGUCUGGUCAUCCGCAGCCGUGAUUGGUGCUGGUACCGGAGUUUAUCUCUUCAACGGCAAAGGCACGGUGAAAACUUUGGCAAGUGAAGUCCCGGGCUUGAAGGAGUUCUCUUCGGAGGAUCAAAUUCCAAUCAAUUCGCCCGUUAAGACGUUUAUUCUCGAGGACGCAAACGCCAAAUUGCGUGAGGAUGCUCACACUUAUGUCUUCGAAGCAAAUGGAGGCGUGAAGGGACGAGUGGACUUUGCUCGUCUGGGAAGCAAUAACCCCAUUGAGGAUGAAUGGGAUCUCAAGAUUGCGAAAGGCGUUGGUGGUGCGAGCACCCUUUACGCUGGAGUCUACGAUGGGCAUGCAGGAUGGGCAACGUCUAAAGUACUGAGAGCUGCUCUCGUCCCAUAUGUGUCAAAUGCCUUAUCAAGCAUCACACCUACCAGCUCCAACGAGCUAGUAGACGAUGCAAUCAAGAAGGCAUUCGUCCGUCUCGACGAUCGCAUCUUCAGUAACGCACAAGAAGCAGUCGAAUCAGGCCAAGAUCCGGGCUCUGCCGCUGUCAUCUCCGCCGUCGCACCCGCCAUUGCUGGAUCUUGUGCACUCCUAACUAUGUACGAACCCAAGACUUCAACUCUACGUACUGCUGUCGCAGGCGACUCCCGUGCUGUUCGCGGCAUGUGGUCUCCCAACACAAGCAAAUACGAGGCCGAUGUUCUGAGCAAAGACCAGACUGGCUUCAACCAAGACGAGGUUGACAGGCUCGACAAGGAACACCCCGGAGAGAUCAAGGACAUGAUCAACACCGAGAGUGGUCGGCUCUUUGGAAUGGCAAUCACAAGGGCAUUUGGCGAUCACAGGUGGAAAUGGUCAGAGGAUCUCGUUCGCAAAGUCCAAGGCAAUUUCUACGGCACUGGACCACGACCAAAUGCCAAGACACAGCCUUACAUGACAGCCCGACCUGAAGUAACAACGCGAAAGAUCCAGACAGAAGAUUUUGUCAUUCUUGCGUCCGACGGUCUUUGGGAUAUGAUGAGUAACGAGGACGCCGUGUCAUGUGUAUCGCGCUGGUUGGUCGCCAGGAAGAGCGGCAAGCCGGAGCCCUUCAAAGAGACAAAGUUUGAGGGGAAACUGGAGGAUGGAUGGAAAGCCACACCUGAGCAUCAGGUCAUUGAGGAUCUGGACAAUGCGGCUGUUUGUCUGGUCAAGAAUGCGCUUGGAGGGUCCAGACGGGGAUUGUUUCUGGGAGCGAUGACCACGUAUUCGCCCAUGAGCCGGAAUGUGAGGGAUGAUAUGACGGUGCAGGUUAUCUUCUUCAAGGAUCCUUAUGAGAGGAAGUAA